GAAGGGAGUGAGAGUUUUGCAACUCUAGUUCUAGCAUACACUAUCAUACUAGUAACCACAGCUAGCAAUGGCUUCCUCAAUUAUCUCAUCGGCAACCAUUGCCACCGUUAACCGUGCUUCCCCAGCACAGGCCAGCAUGGUCGCCCCCUUAACCGGCCUUAGGUCUACCUCAGCUUUCCCCGUCACUAAGAAGGCCCACAAAGACACUACUUCUAUCGCAAGCAAUGGUUUCAGAGUGCGAUGCUUUAAGGUGUGGCCUCCACUUGGGAGGAAGAAGUUUGAGACUUUCUCAUACCUCCCUGAUCUCACUCAGGACCAGUUGCUUAAGGAAGCGGAGUACCUUCUUCGCUCUAAAUGGAUUCCUUGCGUGGAAUUCGAAACGGAGGGCGGAUUUGUGUACCGUGAGAACCACAGGUCACCAGGGUACUAUGAUGGUCGCUACUGGACCAUGUGGAAACUUCCCAUGUACGGAUGCACUGACGCUGCUCAGGUGUUGAAAGAGGUUGACGAGUGCAAGAAGGAAUACCCCGACGCAUUUAUCAGAAUCAUCGGAUUCGACAACAGGCGUCAAGUGCAGUGCAUUAGUUUCAUUGCCUACAAGCCUCCACGCCAUAAAAGCACUUAAAGCUUGAUUAAGAGUUGUUCCCUUCGUAGGGACUCAACUCCAUUUCUUUAGUUUCUACUAGUGCUUCUCAAAAACUUUCGCCUUUUGCGAGGUAUUAAUUGGCCUUUGUUUUUUGGAUUUAAUUUCAAUGGAAAGUAUGGCUGAGAACUAAUGAAUAAAAGGUUGUUUGUUGCCAAAUUUCAUGAA